AUGCGUGAAAAACAGCGAUUUCGCCCGGUGACUUUCUUCAAAUUCCUAGCUUUAUUUCUCGCAGUUGGACUUGCGGAUGGAUUAAGGUAAACGUGUUUGUGUUUCAGAAAAAAAACGGUUUGUCAAGUUUGAAACUAAAUUUGCCAGAGAUUAGCUCAGGAGAAUUACAGCUAGUUAAGACGGUGAGACAUAUCAGAGUUCUCUUGAAAAAAUUGUAUCAGAGGAAGGUGCGAACCCGAGAGAGUACAGAUGAAGAAAACAAAUUGGAAUCAGCAGUUUAAAUCUUUAAAAGGCAGCGGAAAUACUUUUAGCUUUGCCAUUAACCUCCAUUAGUUUUAAUUUUAGAAAAGAAUUUCGAGCCUUAUAUUUUCAGUUUAUGCGUUCUGACUUAUAUACUGCGGCAAAGAAGAUUUUCUGGUCGGGUUUUCGGGAAUUUUAUAUUUUUAAUACUGCAAUAUUUUAAGAAUUAAUUGGAACGAUCAAAAAGAGGCUUUAACAUCUCAUCUUAUGGGUGGCCUCCUCUGUGAAUGGUUGUGGCCUCCUCUGUGAAUGGUUGCGCACUAAAACAUAACGUCAACGAAUUAAUGAACGUCUUUUAUGUUCUCUUCACCAAUAAGCUGGAAAAUAAAAGCUUUUUCAAAAGGAACAAGCGGGACAAUUAUGGAGGAUUAUCAGAAAAAUAAUGAAAUAUUUUCCGUUUAUUAUAUGUGUCCAAAUUGCUUAAUUUUGACACAAAACGUAGGGGCAUCCAUAUGGUUUGGUUUACUAUGUAUUUAAAACCCAAGUUCUAGUUGGGUGAUCUUUGAGAGAAAAAGAUAUACUUUGUCAUGUAACCAUCACGAAUGGAAUUUAUCUUUACAUUAUAGAGAUGAUUUGCCACAAACUUAUGAAGCCGAAGUAGACAAUCUUGCCGCCUUGGAGAGAAAUCAAAGAUCGUUCCGAUGUAAGUAACUCUCUUCACUUUCUUUAUGUCCUCGUGAACCAAUUUCAUCAUUUUUAAAAAUCUUUGAAUUUGUGUUAUGCAACUCUAAAAGCUCCUGGCGAGGGUUUUCUCAUGCCAGGGUUUGCUUGAUUUAGAAAUGCCGUAUUUCCCACACCUUUCAGCAAUGUUUUCACAAAAUAUUACGCAUUCUUCAGCGAAAAUUGUACGAAUUAACUGAAUUACAGGAAAAAUUAAACAAAAGAUUGACUUCUUCGAUUUUCCUAAAACAAAAAAAAAAUUAAAAAACCAAGUUUAUGCAUGUUUAUGCGUGUGAUUUUUGAUGGAUUCUUAACACUCAAAUGGUGUCGAAAAUGUGUGAAGAGGGACGUUAAGACACCCAUUUUAAUAGAAAUUUUUUAAUGGGGUCAUCUUUCACGAAAACGAAUUUCCACUUCCCAGAAGCAAAUCCCACGAUUACUUUCAUUUGUAACCCAAUUCUAGAGUCAAGUUUUAUCCAAAUUAAACUAUUUAGCUUGAAAUAUUUACUAUCCUGAAUUCACGGUUGAUUUUCGAUUGGUUAUUUUGGAAAGGUAAAUGAAAUCAUAAAAUUGAAAAUUAAAUUUUUUCUUUUGUGGUAACGCGAGCAUAGCAACCCAAGUCUUCUUGGUUGCCAUUGGCUUUUUGACGUCAGAGAUUUAAACCAUGUGAUUAUAGAACUAAUUUUUGGGAGAGGAGAAUCUUCCCGAAAUCGAUCACGGUUUAACGUUCAUUCUUCAUCAAAAUGCUUUAGUAGGUUUUUAGAUGAAUAAAAAUAAAAGUAAACAAUUUAGUAGAAGUUCACUUUUUUGUACACCAAGCCCAAAAAAAAGAAAAAAAAACAGUCUCCUAAAAGGUAAUUAUAAAACCAUUUCAUGAAUCUCAAGCUCUUUUGGAAAUGAACUCUAAUUUUAACCACGCCAUAAAAUUUUCCCCUCAGUCUAAGAUUCUACAAGAUCCAUCGUCAUUUUACCAGCGUAAAUUCAACUGUAAAAUUCGCAGUGAAGCUAAUAGUAUCAACUUUGCCUUGAAGAUGACGUAUACGGUCCGGGAAGAAGGUCAAGCUACCAGAAUGACGACAGUAAUCUUUGCAUUCCAAUGUGCGCCAACGGCGGAACGUGUGUUAACAAAACGUGCGUCUGUCCUGAUGGGUGGCGUGGAAGAAGUUGCAGAGAAGGUGGGUUUGAGUAGGGAGCUUUGUAAAAGUAGCUCACUAAAAUUAAGUGUGGAAAUCUUAAAUGUCCUAUUACAUCAAAAGUUCCAUUCAUAUUUCGUGAAGUUGCCACCGGAGAAGAGAACGUAUGAACGAUUAUGUAGUAACGUUUAAAUGCUCACUAUUACGAUAAGCAAUGAUGAAAGUAAAAAAUGAAAGAGAGAUGAUGUUUUUUUCAUUGUUUCAGAGGUCUGCUCGCCCGAGUGUUUAAACGGUGGUAGCUGUGAAAAUGGAAAGUGCAAAUGCCCUUCAGGCUGGGAAGGAGACCGUUGUCAAAAUAGUAAGUAAAAUAUCUUUCAAGAGCUGUAGGACACCGGUAUUUCAAUAAUAGUAAUAAUAAUAAUAAUAAUAAUAAUAAUAAUAAUAAUAAUAAUAAUGAUAAUAAUAACACUUUAUUUGCCAAGCACUAUUUCUAUCACUACCCUGUAGUACUUUACAAUGACUGAAAUAAACAUAAAGUUCUUGCAAAUCCCAACUGGCAGGCGUAGACCAGUUGGCUUUUUAUACAGUGCAGCCGAGGAGUUGAACUCGGGGCGAUCGAGAAGGAAUCCAAUGAGUCACCAGAUUACAAGUCCAGUGCAUCAACAAUUCGGCCACGCUGCCCCCCCUCCCCACUUAGGAGUGACCAGGAGGAAAUUUUUCGUCAACAUCAACUGAUUACGUUGUCAAACUGACAGCUGAUAAACAUCUAGAAAGAUAUUGCUGAAUAUCAGAAUUUCAGAAAUAAAUCUGGAAAAAAUGUUUGGCAGAAAUAAGGAAAGUAUUUCGAUCUUAAGCUGUGAAGAACGUCAGAAGCACUUGCCUUUUAUCGAAGGAAAAACUAAGAACAGCUUCCUUUCGUAGCCAGACUCUGUGAAACAUGCUCUCAGGUUAAAUUUUGGUGUUUACUUCAACCGCGUUCAUAUAGAUGUAGUUAUCAUGGAAAUAACUUUAUCUCCUAAUCUCCCUUAAGCAUCUUGUAGUGGAUAUUUUUUAGUCGUGUUAUUUUUAGUUUUCAGUCGUAAUAUUUUAAGGUUUUUCUUCAAUUAAAAUGCAUUUUAUUUCUUUUGACAUCGUAAAGUUUAGUUAAACCAGUUUAUAAAGAUUCAGUGUAAAACUUCCUUUCACAGUUGCGUGUACGAAGGUCUGUGCAAAUGGGGCAGCAUGUGUGAACGAUACAUGUGUUUGUAUUAAUGGCUGGGCAGGAGAACUUUGUACCAAAGGUAAGACAAAAAUUUUUUAUUUAUUCUUUGCUGAUCUUUAUUAGAGGAAUUUUAAAGGUUUCGUUUUUGAUCCCAUAACAAACAAACGAGCGAAGAGAUGUAUGUAAGUGAAAGAUGAUGUUAUUCAGUAAAUGACACAGGCAUAGUCGCUGAAAAAGAACACUGAGUGCUCCCAAUCGGAGUUGAACUUACGACCUUCCGAUAAGUACCUCGGAUGCUACACCACUGAGCCCUUACGGGACUUGUGGCUGGGUAGGUCGUGUAAGAAGGAAAUAAAUAAACAAACAAACAAACAAACAAAAAAACAACAAGGGGUGAAACAGACAGGUAGUAUGUAUAUUGGCUUUUAAACUCUUUACGGUGGCCAAUUUACGUUAUCAACUCAGUUGACAAUACCAAAUUACUCUGUUAUACUCUCCCACCGACGUAGCAUUUCAGUUUCUUAAGAAACUUUCCCCCUUUAGGCAAUAUAUUAGAUGUUCCACAAGGUGCUUUAACUGUUUUGGAGCACAGAAAUUCCAAUGCUUCAUGUUGUAAUUAUAUUUGUCAACUUUCAACUUCUACUUUUAUAUUAUAAGAGACAACCAUUUAUGCCUUAUGCCUUUCUUUUAGAAUUUUAGUUGACUAAUUUCUUUGUACGUUGUCACCUGGCAGCUACUUGUAUUCCGUACUGUAAGAACGGGGGAACCUGCGGAAGCCAACCAAACAAAUGUAUUUGCCCAAAUGGAUAUAACGACAAAACUAACUGCGAGUCGUGUAAGUGAAACUUUUAUUACAGAUGUGAAAUCAAAGAUUACUUUUUGUUACGCUAGAUGUGGCUUAUUUAUUUAAAAAGUCAAGCGGGGUGAAACCUUCAGGAGAGUAUGUAAAGAGAGAAUGCAAAGCCCACAAUAUCCAUGAAGUUAUGAGACUUGAACCCGGUAUUUCGCCUUACAAAAAAUCUUAACCGAAUUCUUCUCAGCAGGGUGCCUCAGUUGUUUUCCGUUCCGUCGGACUCCGUUCUAAUUCUAAAACUUUUGGGUCAAACAAGGCACAAUUUUUUUUGUUUUCUUUCGGUAACAAUACACUAUUGUUUUUUCAACUAGCAUAUUGUAAUCCUGAUUGUGGUGUUGGCGGAAUUUGCGCCUAUAACGUCGCUGAGGGUAAAAUGAAGUGUUCAUGCAAGCAGGGAUACUUCGGUGCCGCGUGUGACCAAGGUAAGUUACCCACACAUCUACCUCGUUACCAUUCCACCCCAUCACUCACCCACCCACCCUCCUUUACAAGCCUUUUUAAUGAUUAAAGGAAGAGAGAAUGGAGAAGGGCAUCAUAGACUUAGCUCAUAAGACGCCUUUUCAGUUAAAUUAAAUUUUUCCAUAUUUAAACAAAACAAUACAAAUAUGAGGAAAGAGAAGAGGAAUCACACCUUAAACAACAGAUAAAUAAAUCGUGCAAGGUUUAAGUUUGACAGUAAAUGAUACUAAGAAAAGUAAUUCAUGUAAAGUGAUCCUUUAAACAGUUCUCUAGUGGGAUUCUCCCGUAUAGAUAUAGGAAUACGAUUCCAAAAGAAGCCCGUGGGACAGAACCUCCUGAUAUUUAUUCUGAAGGGAAUAAAUUCCUUCCUAUCCACUUACUUGCCCACCCACCGUCUUACCUCUUUACCUACUUAUCCACCAAUUUCCUAAACCUACCUAUCUGUCUCCAGGUACCUACGGACAUACCCAAAUAGAACGGUUUUCAAUUGAGUGUCGAGAAACAAUCCAUUGUAAUCACAACAGCCAAUCCGAAGAAAGGUUUACACCAUCAUUAGCCAAUGGGAAAUCAAAGUGAAAUCUGGGAAACUGGUUGAAGUGCAAGAAACUCGUUUAUUUCGAUAGGCAUAUUUGUACCUACCUGGUUAAAGUUCGAUCCUCAAUUCAGCUUCAUAUAACAUUGUACUAUUUUUUACUACAGUUUUGAAUCUUUAAAUCUUUAAGUUGUCUUUUGUUAAUUUCUUAUAGUGAAUCCCUGUGAGAUGGACGUAGACGAAGGUGCAAGCUCCUACUUUCUCGCCGAAACUUUUGCCUUGAGUGACGCAGAUGCUCUGGGCUGGAAGACCGAUGCUGCAACCCAAAAAGCAUGUUUGAAAUACCUUGAGGAAGUCAAUAAUCAGUGCCCUUCAUUAAAGACAUUAUUCAAUCAAAUUGAAUGCGAGAAAUACUGCCGUAAGUUGUAUGAUUGCUUCCCAUCGACAUAAGGGGUGAAACAGUCAGUGAUGCUAUCUAACUUAAUUCUCGGAACACACUUAAAGGAUCUUAGUCAACCAUAAUGUACUGUGCGCACGUACCCGAAAAUCCUAUAUCGGAAAAAAAGGCUCUUAUAAAGGGUAGUUACCAAGGUUAUAAAUAUUCAUUCCUUUUCCUUUUUUUGGCAGUUCCCGACGAAACAGAUGAGGUAUGUAGAAAGAUUUGGGAUCCUGAGAGUUCGGGAUAUUCAAAAAGCAGAAUUCCGCGUGGAAACCAGUCGGUUUACUACGACGCUGAGUCUAAUACGUGCAAGAAUUUCUCGACACUUGGCUGUCUAGGAAAUGCGAAUAACUUUGGUAGCAUGAAGAGCUGUGAGGACAAAUGCAUCCGUGAGUAGUUCUACAUAUGAUUCUCACCUCUUUUCAUCAUUAAUUUUCGUUUCAAAAAUACGAAGAAAAUUAUUGAAACUUUUAAAGUCUUUAGUCAAAGGAAUAAAUUUAUUUGGAAUCCUUGUCUGUUUUAUGUAAUGUGAGUGGUUGAUCGUGUUCGAAUGACUCCGCCAGCAGUAGAGACACUGCAAAUAAACGUGUAUUCUUCUGUCUCAUAUCAUUGUAUUUACCCCUUAUAUGAUUGAAAUCGUUUGUAUAUUCCCUCCAUUUCCUCUGUCUAUAUGUUUGCGCUAGAUGUUGCUGUUAAAGUUUGUUUGCACAUGCGGUUGUUGCAUUUUCUUGUUUUUCUCCACUGUUUUACUUUAUAUUUGCUUUUAACCAUCAGUUCUUGUGCCAUUGCUCAUAUUUUUCUUACAAUAUUUUAUUAUUUAUCUCUACAGGCACUGCUUCAAAAUUGCCAUUCAUAAACAGUAAGUUUACCUUUUUUGAGUAAUUAUCCUAAACGUAAUUUCUGUAAGUUUCAACUGCUAAAUGGCAAAGAUGCUUAGGCUAUUUCUGGGAUUAAUUUUGUCACACGCUUCAGUAAUUCAAACUACGUUUCAGUGGCUUGACAUGAUGUGAGUCAUUCCACCAAACGGUAAACCUUGUGCACUUAUUCAAAUUUGUUUACAGUCUUUGAUAACUAAUAGAAGGCACCAUUAUUUACAAGUUUAAAUUCUAUCACGCUCUGGUGCACCUGUGAUUACCUUAUGGACUUUCGGCCCUUGUACUUUUGUCUUCAUUUGUUGAGUGCAAAGGUCUGAUUUGCUGUCACCACCCAGAUGAUUAUUUCCAGCUACGCAAAUUGCCCCAAUGCUUUCAGGGUCAUAACACGGGUUUUAAAGUAGAAGUGAACUGCCAGGUACCUACCUGCCUUUCACGUACCCGUAGGGUACGAUUUCAAUGAAUAGCAAGUUAUGGGUGCCACCUAUAAAACCUCUCAGCACAGUCUGUUUAGCAGCAGGCUCUCGUGUUUGGAGUCCGCCUCGUGGCCACUUUCCGGCACGGCCACCUAUUACCCCAAUUGUGACCGCCUUCGGGAAAAGUCAUUUAAACCCCUAGCUACAAUUUUCGCUUUGUUCUCGUAAGACUUAUCACCAACUCCUAUUGCUCAGAGACUGUUGGCCGUGAGCUAUUUUUUAAUUCUUCAAGGCGCUUUUUUAUGCAUUCCGUUUUCUCGGAGGUUUCUUAUCGACGUUCGUAGCUAACCCAACAGUUUCUCUCAUCAUAUUGAAUGAAUACGAUUUCCAAGUAAUGAUUAUUGGUAUGUUUCAUUGUGGGGUUUUUUUGGAACGUCGACUACACCUUAGUCCAUAAAAAUAAAGAAACUUGGUUAAUACUUGUAACAUCAUGACAUUUCGUUUGUUGAAUAACAGGUAUGUCUUUAAUAGCUCUCAUGAUUUCUAUGUCCAUAUUUUUUCAGCAACUGGAACUUGCUUUGUCACUGGGAGAGAUCAUUUCAACACGUUUGAUAACACGCCCUACAGAUUCUUUCAGGAAAAUUGUUCACAAAUGCUUGUCUUGGACAAAGAAAAUCCGGAGGAGUUUAAGGUGGUCCUGAACGGGAAUUCGGGUUGCGAAAUGAUUUAUCCUUGUCAGAAAUCUCUGGACUUGAUUUUAGAUGGUGCGAAAGUAUACCUUGGAGCUAAAACAAACACUACGUUUAUCGUGAAAGUCAAUGAUAAACCGGUUGAUCUUCCAUAUACGGAUUCGUGGCCUUAUGUCAAAAAGGUGGGUGCAGUCGUAAAAGGAUUGUGGUUGUUAAUGUUUGUUGUAGUACGAAUGAUGCUAAUGUUUUUUCGUUUUCCUCGCUAUGUAUGUGUCGAUUCUGGUUUUGAUCGUGAUUGCUUGAUUUACUGAAGAUUGUCACAAACUAGAGUUUCCAAUUUCGGUGAUUUCUGUCACAGGGUUCACCUAAAGUGAUGGCCGCUUUAAUAUAAAAGUGAAUGCGUUAACCAACUUUUUUUUUUAUUACAAUCUUUUCAGCUUCAAGAGUAUAUUUAGAUUUUUUUUCAAAAAGUCAUUCUUACUGCAGUAAGUUGCCCUUGUACUUAAUUUUCGCUCUGUUGCUGAAACAGCCUCCCUUUUUUUCCUUUUACAGAGCGGUCGCUAUGUUUUGGUGAAAUCGCAAGAUCACAUCAACAUUCUGUGGGACGGUGUACAAGAUGUCAUUAUCAAAGUUCCGGAUAGCUAUAAGCACUCCAAGGAGCAUAAGUUGGUGGGUCUGUGCGGUCUUUUUGACGCGAACAGUACGAACGACUUUACUGACAUCGAAGGCAAUCUAAGGGGGAAAGAGGAUAUCAAAGACUUCGCGGACAGCUUCAAACAGGACGUCAGUUGCGGUAACAGUCAGAAUAGCAAGCCCCCCAAUAGAACAGCCAGUGACAUACGCGAAAUCGAGGAAAAGUGUAGUUUGUUGGGGGACAUGUUCGGCCCUUUCGGGCCGUGCCAUAAUUCUACCGAUUACCGGCCUUUUAUGGGAAUGUGCAUGUCGGACUUGUACGAAACUAGCAAGCAAUUCUGGGACGAAGCGAAAUGCGACUCGUUCGCCCUCUACGCCCGUGUUUGCGCAUGGUUCCACCGUACGUCGGUCAAAGGAUGGAGGACGCCGAAUAGUUGUCGUAAGUAAACGAUCUUAUUGGUCAGAGCAAAACGACCCCCCUAAAAAUAUUGAAAUCUACUUCUGGAAUGCAACUAAAAACUACAGUGAAAGGUGACUGUAACUUAAUUUAAACAACAGAAAAACGCUAUCUGGGAAUGGUAGUAUGGUUAGAUUAGGGUAGUAAAAUCUUAUGAUCGUAUUGUCCUGAAAACUGGUUUUGCUUUUUGUGACGUCUGACUACACUAGUGGGUUCAAAUAAUUUGUAGUACACAGUUUCUUCUCGCAGAAUAGUGACCGUGUAAGGAGAAAAGCUGACGAGAGAUUUUCGUAAUUUGUCGGACGAUCACGAUCGUAUUUUAUUGUUUAACCCUUUAACUCCCAAGAUCUCAUUUGUAACUCUCCUUACUAUCUGCCAAACGAUUAUCAUCAUGUUAGUGUGGAGAAUUUGGUUUGGGAUCAAUUAGUAAUCCCAUAAUUGUCUUUCUUCGUCACCCACGGGAGGUAAAGGGUUAAAACAAUUAUCGCUUGGAUGCGAUAGAAUCGAAAAAAUUUACUGAGCGCUCACGCUAUAUUUUUAUAGUAGUAUUUGGCGCCUUGUAACAUGGAGACUAUUCGUUCGGCAAGAUAGAAAACGUAAAGUGGGCAAGGAGGAACCACUUACGAACAAAGAUGCGAGGGAUAAAAAAGGUAAAACUGAUCAAAAUGUCGGUGUCCGCUAAAAAAGGCUAAUUUUUUUUUAAGAUGUCGUGUCUUAGUUCCUGCGAAGUCUCCUUGAAAACCCGUUUGUGAUCGAGACAGCUCUCGAAAAAUCCUUCUCCUGCCAAAGUGAAUGCAAAUAAUUUGUUAAAUUCAAGUUUGCAAGACCCUUGAAAGUUGUAAAAGCUUAUUCCUGAAGAAAGAAUCUCGGUUUUUCCAUAGCAAUCACGUGCCCAGCUGGAUUCGUGUACAAUGAAUGUGGAUCGUCGUGCCCACUGAAUUGCCGAAAUCUCAACAGCAAAAAUGCCGGUUGUAAUUCGCCCUGCACUGACGGAUGUCAUUGCCCUGAAGGAAAGUGGCUGGACGGCAAUGUUUGUGUUGAAAAAAGCAAGUGCUCCUGUAUGUAUCGAAAAGUAGUCUAUCCUAAUGGAGCGCAAAGAGUAGAACCUUGUGAAACAUGGUGAGUCUCUGACAAGUGAAAUUGCUCGCGAUUAUUAUCAGGGUACAUUCUCUUGAAUUUGUUUGAUCUUUUGCUCGUGAAUUGAAUCUGACGCUCUCAGCUUUCUGUCACAGUAAUUAGCUUGUUUCAGCUAAGUAUAAAUGGAUGCACAACUGUAGGUUUACCUAUUAUGAAGCAGGCUUGGCAAGGCCCGAACAUCACUUCUUUGACCCUUCAUAUUAGUAUAAAAUAAAACGGUAGAUAGCGUUUAAGGUGCGCUCUGAUUGGCUACUCAAACUCCGAAUAUCCUUUGCUAUUCAGCUCCAAGUAACUUGCCCGAAAAUUUUGUAAUCGUUGUAGGAAUAACUGAGUUGAAAUCAUCUUUUUGUGCUAUAUCAUUUCACUUUUAAUAUAUUCUAGAACAACUAGUCAUCUCAAUGUCGCUCUGUAGCCACCUCCACUUUGGUGAAUAGUGAUGAUGUCGAUCGAUGAAGAAGUCUUCAAAUAGUACACAAGAGACAUCAAACGGCCUUUAACUGUAAAUAACCUGAAAGAAACAAGGAAUAAACCAAAAAAGUUCUUGAGUAUCGGGAAAAAAUUGUUAAGUAGCGAUUUGAUACAAAUGGCAUUUGGAUAAAUGGUAAUCGAUCCGUUUAUCAAAUUUGUCUUUGUUUUUUUGUUUUGUUUUUUUUUUCGGAAGUUGUUUUCGGAAGUUAUCCUCAUUUGUUACGGAGAUUUUUUGCUAAGGCCUAGAUCCCAUAACUUUGGCCCAUCGACAAUUUUGUAUUCCAAACAUUGUUGCCUGGAAAUAAGAGCACUUCUAGAACAAUUACAGCUUGGGCCAUCAAAUUGAUUCACAAAAUUGAUGAAUUUAAACUGUCUAUUUUUAGUACUUGUAACGGUGGAGAGUGGUUGUGUUCAAAGAAGCCCUGUCCAGGUAGGUCUUAAAUGAAUUUAGCUCAGUGGUUCAUCUGUAAGCUUGUUUUCCCAUUUGCUGAAUAAUUGAUUAAGAUCUUUUAAAAUUUAUUUAUUUUUUCCCCACUGUACUAUUCAAACUCAUUUCAUACGGCUGAAUUUACAAGCCGCUUGAAGGUAAACUACUCAGAAAAUUCCUGUUCCUAAGAGGAACCAUGUAAUUUGUAAACCUUUGGUGUCAUGUAGCAAAGUGCUGCCUCCGUUAAAAAAACAUGAAUUAAAACUUGAAAAAUAAAUACAGUAAGCGAUUUACUAAAUAAAUGAAUGACUAAUGGGCCGAUUGAAGAGAAUCUUUUUAAUUAAGUCGCGAUUUUAUAUUUGGACCUAGGUUCGUUAGAUUGAAAAAACAGUUAAAUAUGGUGCUACAGGUUUUGUGAACAAUAACGCACUCUACAUUUAUUUACAACUACAUGAUAUGCGAAGGAAAGCAGAACUGCUGCUUAAGUGGAUUCAAGUAUGAAAAUGAAUAUGCAAUAGAGUUCCACUAGUUUAGCUGCAAUGUCAGCUACUCGCAGUCUCCAAAUUCAGAUCGAUUUUUUUUGCGAAAACAAAGAAACGAAUAAAGGCAAAACUCCCCCCCCCCAAAAAAAAACAAAAACAAAUUCAUAGAAGGGACAAGGACAUGUAAGUUUGCAGAAGAUUAACAAAUAUUUCAAUUUCCGAAAUUGGGGUCAAAUUUUUCUGAUGCACAGAUCAUCACAUAGCUUCUUAAAACUUAACUGAUCGCGUCUCUCAAGCAUGAUUGCAGUUCGCAGUGCAAGAUUCAGAAGAGGGACUAGGCACAAGCCUAACUUUAUUCAACCCCCAAAAUCAGCCAGUGGAGACCUCUUUUACGUGGACUGUUUUCGACAGCGUUCUCUCCCAUUGCACGAAUGUGAAAAAUGAAUUUUUUUGCCUCUUAGGAACUUGCUCCGUCAUUGGCGACCCUCACGUCACAACUUUUGACGGCAAGACGUACACCAUGCAUUUGAAGGAAUGCUCGUAUGUAAUGUCAGAGCAGUGUCACAUGCCUAAUGGAGUAGGCCGGGGUUACUCCAUUACCAUUCGUAACAGGAACUGCACAGCAAUGUACGCAAAUUGUAAACGGGAAGUGCUAGUGAAUGUCACUGGCCAACCUUUCUUGAUUUUGGACGUCGAGGAUGGUACCAGUAAGCCGACUGCUUCCAUCGAGACUCAAAGUGGCAGCGUGACGAGUGUCAAAACGGAUUACUCCGCCGAGAAGAUGGAUGUCGAAUUUCUUGGUGACCGAAACAUUUUUGUUCGUGUCAACCUUGGGGUAGGUAUCGAUGAGCUGGGCUUUAGGAAACAAGCAAAAGUUUUAAACUUAUCCAAAUUGCUCGAAUAGAAUGUCCGCGUCUCAGUGAUUUCGUUUGGUCAUGGAUCCUGAGAGAUCAAGUCCUUCAGGUCCCACUUUCCUCUUUGCAAAAUUCUAUUACGUGAGGUUAAGGGGAUGAUAGAAAAUAUUGUUUCCUUUUCAUAUGCAAACUUGGGCCAUUGCCAUCACAAGUUCUGAAAGUAAAUCAUAUUUAACGGGAAAACAAACGGGGUUGAUCACGCUUCAAGAAAACAAGUGUAGUAUUGUCUUCCUUUUCAUUCGCUUUUUCAAUUUCAUGUUUAUCUGAAAGAAUGGAGUGGCAUUUUCUAUCCACUGGACUGGCUACAACAUUUAUUUGACGGUGAACUCGACGCUAAAAGACCAAACAUGUGGUCUUUGUGGUACAUUCAAUGAUAUGAAAGAGGAUGACUUCCACAUGCGCAGUAAUGACGACAUAGUGUCCAUCGACGAAUUCGCUAAGGAAUGGCUGAUCCCAGAUCUCUCCGAUGAAAAAUGCGAGACAGAGAGCGUGGUAAGCUCGAUUAACUACUGCAAUAUUUAUCAACAAAAUAAACAGUGGACUCUUGAUCAGUGUUUCAAAUUAAAAAAUACUUCCCUUCCGUUCGCUGCCUGUCACAGCGAGGUGAGUGUGUUGGAGUACUAUGAAAAGUGUGUUCAAGAUGGAUGUCGAUGCAAGGGAUGCCUGUGUAAAGUCAUAGCAGGGUAUGCAAAGGCCUGUGCGGACAAGGGGAUUGAUUUGAACGGAUGGAGAAACUUAGUUUCCAGCUGCGCGGAAGGUGGGUUUUAUAGGAUACAUGUCACACGAAAUGUAGAGUUCUCGGUGUAUUUCAAAUAACCAAACUUAAUGGAAAAACACAACAUAUUUUUCUAAAAUGAGCAACGAAAACGCUGAAGAGACGACGGAUAAACGCCGUAUCCAGAUGCACAGGUACACAUGUAUACUCAGUAGACUCCCAGUUUAUCGAACCCCGGUUUUCUCUAGACUGCAGAUAUUAACAACCAAAACUGGAAUUGCUUCCCGUACUCAAACACAGUUGCUUUACUCCGAACUUUUUUCGCCCUCCAUGAAAUUAAACCGCAAUUUUUCUCUCCUAAGAGGUUAAAAAAUUGGAAUUCUACUUUAGUUUUCUUUGAUAUAUUAGAUCAUGAGAAAAUCCCACUCAAUAUCAUGUUCCCAAAAGAGUUAAACACUGUACCUGUCAACCCUUACCUUACAAAUUUCUUUGCAUCACAAAUUUUGUUUAUCUACUAAACAAAGCACGAAAUGAUGUUCUAGAUUACCAGUGCGGUGCAGACAUGAAGCUUGAGCAAUGUCGUAGACAUACCAACGGCUCAUUAGCUUGUCCUCAGACUUGCGAGGAUCUAAAUCCCGACCAAGACGGAGAUUGCAGGAGGUAAUGUCAUUUGUACACUUCUACUAACUCUUUCAACCCGAUAGGAAACUUAAGACGUUGAAGUAACUAAUAUGAUGAAGUAAUAAAAGUGCCUUGCUAAAGGACUCGUAGUAUGUCACUUUGUCCCUCAACACAUACUGACACAGUUAUAAGAACCCCCUCCUAGGUCAAUAUGUUAAACAGGCGCCCCCUCUUCCCUCACUUUCAACUAUAUUUAUAACUUUUUAAGCCGCAACUACAGCUGAAUCAAAAGUUUCUUAAUACGCGCCCCCUCGAUUAGGCUCCCUCCUUCCAAUAACCUCCUCCAAUCCCUCCUUUUACCCGAAAUUUCGAAUGAGCGCCCGGACGCUUCUUACAGAAAAUACUAUAAUCACCCAUUAAUUUCCACUAUGUCAGACGUUUGUUGGAAACCCUCGAACCUCUAUAACCGUCGUACACUCCUAAUGUAAGCUACCCUGACAUUUGCAAUUUUUUCCAGACGUGGCUGCGUAGAAGCUUGCUAUUGUAAAGAUGAGGAUCAGGUUCUGAGGAGCAAUAAAUGCGUGCUAAAGGAGGAAUGUCCUUGUUACUUUGAAGGGAAAGAGUACGAGAAGGGAGCCACACGAUUUGUCCGAUGCAACACUUGGUACGUUUAAUUGUUAUUGUUUUGGUUUCAAGGUUAACGUUUGUACGCCAAUGAAGUCAUCUGAGUACUGUGAAAUGUCCAAGAUUUGCAGGAAGGAAGUAGAGGAGUGCGAUCACCGCGUUACUUUCUCAGCAUGAUGAAGUUAAAAGUUCAGAGUCGGAAUUUUGUGUUUGCAAUUUCACUUGAAAAGCUGUGUUCAGCGCACUUAUCGUUUCAAAAGUGAAUAGAUCAAUAUGAUUCUUUUUUAUGAAGGAGAUUCGUUGCCCCUUUGGUUUUUGCAUUUUAAUCCGUAUUCAAAGGUUCGGGCUUGCGUCCUGGCUGGGUCAUACUGUUUUUUUAAGAUAGGACAUCUAACAUUCAUCGGGUCUUACUUCAUCCAGGAGUGGGCAUGAGUAUUUGCAAACUGUCAGAGAAACCUGAGGGAAUUCUGUGUUGGGAAGGGCCUGGAUACCAGCACAUAUGAUGGACUAGCUUCCCAUCAAAGAAGAGUAGCCUGCGCAGGCGCUUUGGAAGCUAGUAUAAGAUAAAGUAGUGAUAAAUCAAUAGGCAAAGAUUUUAGGACGUAAUACUUUUUUUUUUUUUAAUAUCUUUUUGCUGUCAGCACUUGCAAAGGAGGUGGACAGUGGGAGUGUACAGAUGACGACUGUGAUAGUAAGUACUUCAAAUUUUUAAAACUUGUGGCCAAAUUUUUCACACGCAUUCGUUUAAUUCAACAUAUAUGGGGGGUCUAAGGUUGAGGUUGGACUCUUUCUCGGGGACUCAAAAUUUUCUCUCUGUCCCACGCUCAUAAGACGAAAAAACAUAUUUCGCUUUACACCGAGAUUGUAAUUAAACUAUAUCUUUUUGUCUUCAUAGCUACUUUAAUUGCCUUUUUAACCACGAUCAUCUUUCUUGACAUAAUUCUGCCUGUGUUAUCUGCCUCAGCCUUCGGCUCAAUGCUCCACCUCAACCAAUAAUUACUUACUAUAAGCUACUGUUUUAACAUUUUUAAAGUAUUUCUAUUUCGACCCCUAUUUGAAUAAUCGCAAUUUUUUCAAAUUUUUUUUCGUAGAAAUGUGCGCUAAGGAAGGAAAGGUGUACUCAGACUGCGGUCUUACAUGCGACAAUUACCUGAUGAGUGACAUCUCACGACAGUCCCGGUGUAAGCGGGGAUGUUUCUGUCCUGGUGAUCAACUGCUCCUUGAGAACGGAACAUGUGUGGAAAAGAAUCAGUGUGGCUGUAAACACAACAACAAGAUUUACCAGAAGGGUGAAACCAACCCAGUUGAUUGCUCAAAGUAUGUGUACUAUAAAAACGAAAAAGAAUACAACUUUGAAGUGUUUGAAACGUUCUCUGUUUAAGUAUUUCAAAGUUGUGUUAUCAUAAGUUUUCUUUGUCUUGUAUUGUUAUCUUAUUCAAAAAUAGAUGAAAAAGGAUUAAAACUGACGUAGCAAAGAAACUUUUAUCAAAAGGUAUUAAUAACUAGAUUUUUCCCGUGGGGAGGGGGCAUCGUAAAAAAAGAUUUUGCAGCCAGCCUUGUACACUAAACAGUUUCCCUUUUGACACCUACUUUUGCACUUGUCAUUCCCGCGAGUAACUUAAGGUUAAUGCAAAACAACUACGAUAUGAUAAAUUUUCUUUUAUAACGUUUUUUCUGUAGCAUAUUAUUGAAUAUCAUAGUUUAAGAGAUAAUUGGAUAUUAUGCAUGCUACAGAUAAGCUCCUUUCGCCAGCAAUGUGACUUUGUGGCUGCUCCGCUGUGAUGCUUGUGUUUUGUUAAGUAAGAAUCCCUCGCAUUAUGAGUCCUGCUAUGACGGUAUUUAAUCAUUCAUUAGCAGCCCAGGGAAUUACUUUUCAACAGAACACAACCUCAACAUAACUGGCUUCUGGGGUGGACAAUUACCAACGCGUUAAGACUAAAGGAAGUGAAACCAAGUUAGCCAGGAAUUAUCGGAAAUCACAGACCACGACGGAGUUUCUUAAAUGCAGCUUAGUGUUUUGUGCGCUUAUGUUCUAGUUUCUGGAUAAUGAGACUAUUAACGCGUUAAUUUCUUGAUUUUUUUUUAACUCACUAGAACUUGCAACGGCGCUCGUGAGUGGAUCUCUGACAACAUGAUCAAUCCGUCGCCGGAAUACGAGUGCGCCGCAACGGGUCAGGAUCAUUAUCGAUCAUUUGAUGGAAGAUGGAUCAAGUUUCAUCAGGAGAGCUGCAAGUUUACCAUGAUGAAAGAAGAUACUGUCGAAAUCUCUGUCAAGAACGAACCAUGCAGGUAUGGCCUUUUGGCCCUCAUUCACUCAUUGUGAUAUUUUCCGUCCUAUUAUCUUAUUCGCUGUUGUGUAAUACACAAUAUUUAGGUGCGUUUCCCAGACCAAGAUGGUGGCAUGAUACUCUACUCUCAUACUGCUUCACUCCACCCAGGAGUAAGAAUAUUUGACCAGCAAUCAUUAUUGGGGGGUGGGAGGGAACAAGAGGUUGACUGUGAUGGACAAACAUCUCGUUCAUAGGGAGGCCCAAACUCUUAGUCGUAUCGUGCUAGUUAAAUCUUGAUGCACUCAGCCAUAAGGGGCCAGAAAGGAGCGAAAGAAUUAGGCAAUCAGGUUAGAUCCUAAACCAAUUCUCAAUCAAUCAUUGAAAGCAGUCCCGGAUUAGUGAAGUUUAUUUCACCUUGUUUUGUGAUUGGUCCAGAAAAUUUACGUCAUACAUCAACGAAUCAGAUGCAAAAGUAAAGCCAAUCGUAACUUGGUCACCCGCAUUUUCCCGCGUUUUAAGCAAUUUGCCUGUAUUUUUAAUAAGAAUUCUCAUUGAUCUUUUGUCAUGUUUGCCUUUGAUCUGAAUGGCUGUUUUGACUACUCUGUGUUAGGUUUUUGACAUUCAAUGACAAUCGAAUUGAUCUCUUAUUCAAAACCGAAGAUGAUUUAAGUGUUGUUUACUUCUUGUAGGGAUUCACUGGAGUUGCAGAUGUGCAAACGAGUUGAAAUUAAAUUAGAGGGAGGAGCAACUGUGGAGUUGUUCCAAAAGGAAUUUAGCAUUAUUCAAAAUCAGAAUACAAAAACUUACAAACCCGGACAAUAUCCCGAGCCGUGCCGGAUGAUGUCAGACCUUCCUAAUGUAGAGAUUUUUCACGUGGGGUUGUUCCUUAUCGCUCGUAUUUACGAGAAAAAUAACCCUUUCUUCGUUAAAUUUGAGGUAAGAGGAUGAUUUUUUCGCAAGAAGGUGAUUCUCUGCUCGUUUUGUUGGCGGGAAGUUUGGAGUCUUGGAUUCUCUCAAUUGGUUUGAUCGUGUUGUGGUGAUAAAAUUGAAACGAAUAUCUCGCAGUCCCUUUCAAUUUCUCAAUUUCCUUUAGUCUUCCUCCCACUCCUCUGUUGUCUGAAUUUGAGCUGAACGAAAAUUAUAUGCCUUUUUUGAGUGUUUUUCAAAGCUAAAACUCAAGUACACUCUUCCUUUUCAUACGUUAAGAACAUGUAAGACACUUAACGAAAUAAGUUUUUAUUUCUUCUAGUUAUUUCCAAACAUCUGAGAUACGGCUUUUCCCCAUUGCUAUCUCAUCUCCUGGCGCCUACUCCCUGUAAUCCUCUUCCACGUUAUUUGUGCUCUACUCCAUUUUCUUCCUUCGUCCGGGCUAAGUUUCUAUAAUUUACCUUCAACAUGUCAUUCUACAUGUGUCCAUUUUUAAAGUAUGUGUAACUUGUUAGAAAUUUAUAGAAGCUUCCUUCGAUAGACUCUUCUCCCAUCUGAGCUAAAGGUUCGUAAGUGACGAAUUCCUUGCAUUGUGGUGACAACAGCAAAGUCGGAAGAGUCUUAUGGGUAGAUAGGGUCUUUGAUUACAGAAAAUUCUUAAACUAAAGAUAUCUAAAAACUGUCUCUAUAGGUUCGAUUUGACCAAGGUUCCCGGGUAUACAUUACGCCCAAUCCAGCCUAUAGGAAGGCUGGCAAGCUUUCUGGUCUGUGUGGCAACUUCAACGGACUCGUUCAGGAUGACCUGCGGCUUCGCGAUAAUGUCACGGCAAAUGAUGACGUUGAGUUUGGUUAUGAUUGGAAAGAUGACGAUGACUGCCCCCGUCCAGUGUCUCUUGAUCCUUGUUUGUCAAAUCCAUCUCGCCAAGGCUGGGCCGAGAAAGGUAAUUAGUAAUAUCGGCAAUUGAAUUUGUUUCGGUAGCGAGCGCCAGAAUUGAGCUUAAGUCUUUUCACGAAGAAAUAAGAUUCGGAAACAAUAUAAUUUUCCAUCUUCCAUUGGAAAGCAAAUGCAUAAAUUAACUUCUGGCGCGUUUUUAGAUUCCAAAGAGUACCCACACUGUUUUCCUGACUUAAAUUGUCUUUAAAUGAACUAAGCAUUAAACUAUGGACGUCACUAGCUCGUUUUAUUAGUUUGCAGUAGUAGUGGUGGGUUGAAACUAAAAACGUAAAUAAGAGCAAGUUAACUAAUCAAGAUAAACAAGCUAUAAGCAAAAGGCGAAUGAAAACAAAGCGAAACGAUAAAAAGAAAUACUUACAUUGAUCACGCCCAAUAUAACUGCAAAAUCGACUUCUACAAUAGAGAACCUUGCCAGGCGCGACUUCAGGUAAACUGUCUCGAAAAGUCAUUAUGCGUAAAAGGAAAUGGCUUUAAUACAAGACUGCCAAAUAACGUGCGGUAUGAGAAACGUGCGAAAAGGUGUAACUGACGAAGAAACACGCUAAGAAGCUCAACAAAAAACAUGAACAAAGAGGUGUGGAAAAGGAAAAGCGCGUAAAAAAUACGAAAUAAAAUUAGAAAGCGCUUAGUACUUACAGAGGGUGUUUAUUUUUCAUGAGUGUGAGACAAAGGGAUGAAAUGAAAUCUUUGCCUGACAAAGAAUCGAACGUCAUAUCCACGGCCCUCACGGUACGAUGCUCAACAACCGUGUCACAGAGAACUAAAUUGGGGACCGGGCUAUGUAUUGACUUAACAAAUUAUGUCAAACGCGUCCUACUUCUCGUUUAAAAAUUGUGAAAAUAGAUCUACAAAGACAAUCGCUUUGUUUUUUAAGGUUGCAACGAGAUCAAGAGAAAUGCCAACUUCAAAGCAUGCCACGAUACUGUGGACCCUGAGCCUUACUUCCAGGCCUGUAAGCACGAGUCUUGCCUCUGCAACAAAGGAGGGGAUUGCGCAUGCUUCUGUUCAGCGAUAGCAACUUACGUUCGAGCCUGUAAUCAGAUGGGCAUCUCAAUCACGUGGCGUCGUGAAGGCUUUUGCGGUGAGUUUAUAGAGCUUGCGUGCAGCAUUUUUAAUCCUUUACAACCUAACAUCGGUGUGCAUAUUGCCCCUACUCUCCUCUACAUAUUUCCUAAUGUAUUCAAAAGGAGAGUUUGUUUCACAAUCAAGAGCUUCACUAGUUGAUGAUCAUUUCCUUUAUUCUGGUGACCUUAACCUGUGAUUUUGGGGAGAUAUUGUAAGGUGAAGUUGUCACUCUAAGGGGUCAAAGAGUAAAUAAAUCCAGGAGAAGGGGAACGAAAGAGAUAACAUUCAAGAAGGUUUAAAACAGAGAAAUGGAAAUGAGUGAAUUUUCCCCAAUGAUCCAGCACAUCAAGAGCAGUUAUUAUGUUAAUAUUUAUUGAAAAAUUUAGACUUUAGAAUUAUAGGCACAAUAUUGAAGACUUGUUGUGGUUCUAUUUAACUUCAGCAUAGUUCCUAGUCUUAUUAUCAUACUAUUACAUCUAUAUAUAUUUCCAGAACUACCAUGUUGUCGUCCCUGUGAAAAUACUGGUGGUUACCUUGCCAACAUAAGUUUACCUUCAACUUGCGAGCAGACUCCAAAGGAUUGCGAAAAACUGGGGGCAAGGUGCUGCCGAGGACCCCGUGUGGAAGGGUGUUCAUGUCCCAAUGGAACGUUCUUCGAUGGCAAGAAAUGUGUUAAUCAGACAAGCGAGUGCGAGAGGCCUUGCGUUGGCUCAUCCACUGUCACGCUCUCCACAUCAAGUGUGUCAAGUACAAGCAGCAUCAGGUGUGUGAUGGUGAACACAAUUGUCAUGGACUGUUAUGCUACUCUAGUCAUAAUUUUAAGAAGUUAUUGCAUUGUAACUUCGAAACAGAGUUCCAGUCCCUCCUAGUUUCAUUAACUUCUGUAAAACCAAUUUAAUUUUUUGAUAGGCAGUCGAAUUUCAGUGAAUGGAAGUCUGUAAAGAAAUGUACAAAUUCGUUAGACUUGUCCUUUGUAAGGGGUCUUGUCCUCUAACAGUUUGGUAUGUAUUCUGUUUGUGAGAAAUGCCUCAACCUGGGCUACCUGUGGCGCUUACGCUCACUCAAAUUAGCAUCUAGGCUUUUCCUAUAAAACUGUAGAAAAUUAUUCUAUCUAUAACAAGAAGGCGUUAGAAGCGAACCUGCCCCGUGCAUUGGGCAUCACUAAAAACAUCUAAAUGUUUGGCACAUUACAUAAUUACUUAAAAAACAAAAGGAACAACAGAGGAGAAAAUGUAAAAUUCAGAAGGGAAGAAUAAAUUGUACUCAUCUGUAACUUUUUCCGCCUUUUUUACUUACUUAUUCCAAGCAUUUCAAGUUCCUCGAGUGCAAGCACAUCUACCUCAACAUCCUCAAGUACAAGCACAAGUACUUCUACAUCAGUGUCCACCAGUGUGUCUACCUCUGCCUCAACCAGUGUGAGCACUACUUCAUCGGUGUCAACGAGUGUAUCAACAUUGGUCUCAACUGGUAUUCCUAGCAGCUUAAGGUAAAUAUUUCAUUAAUCCCUCCAAAGUCAAUCUUUUUAUAGCUUUUUUUAUUUGACGUCGCUUAGUUUAACGUUUAAACUCAAACCAAGAAACUAGCGAAAAAUAAAUGUCAUUGUCAAGUAUGUAAACUUUUGAUAAUAGUCAGAGAAGUUGCAUUCCUAUUAAUUUUUAACAGUCUGUUGCUUUUGGUUUUUGGAUUACAUGCAUGAUUUUAAAUAGUACCUCUAAGAUCAAUUGCUUUGUUUACCAAUUCUGGCAAAACGUAAGACAGGUAGCUAUGCAGAAAUAAAUCCCUGUUUCUUUGCCUUAAUGACAUUAGUUCCGCCAGUCAGCCUCGUAAAGUUACAUUUCACGUCACCUUUUGUAACCUGUUUUGAUUAACGGGUGUUUUCUGAACACUCGUUGCAAGUUGUAAUCGUAUAUUGAAGACUGUAAUGAGAGGAAUCUAAACGCUUGAUGGAUUUUGCUGAGCCUAACUGUUCAUGGUGCAUGUAUUGCGUGAACCGCAUAGAGCGAAUUUAGUUAGUAUUAGAAGUCAGUGCUUAACUUCUGACAUUGUUGUAAUUUUUCUUUAAUGCAUAGUACGUCAACUUUGACCUCGAAGUCUACCCCAACCAGUAUAUCUACGUCGAUAUCUACUAGCUUGUCCAGGUAUGAAUAGUUAUCUAAAGUUUAUUGUGGUACCCUUUGAAUGAACGAUUUACAUGAAAAUACAUCUUACAAUACGUUGAAAAAACAUCAAUUGAAGAUACUUUUAAUGAUUUUGAAUGAUUUUUGCCCUCCAGCUGGCAUGAGGCAGAUAAAUUUUUUUAAAUAUUAAAGAUAUGUUUUAUUUAAAUUUAUUUUGUAUUUCGGAAAAAAACGUCAUGAAGUUCGCGACGAAUACCGUUGUUGUCUCGGAGAGUGGGAAAAUCACCGAGCUGUAGAAUGGGCUUGAACUCUCUGCAGAAACUACGGAAAUUCCGUAGGCACAACACAUAUUAUUAUGGCUAAAUAUCAAUUAUUCCCAAAAAGGAGGCUUUAUGUAGGGUAUUUUACCAGGAUUAAAACCAGAAACAGAUCGACACCUUUUUCAUUGCGUAGCAUUCCUCGAUAUGCAAAUUUAUCCACUGCCCCGGGCUGACUAAUGUCAGUUUAGCAGCACAGCGGUCAAAGGUUUGUGCACGUGCAAAUGUUUAAACGAUGAAAAGGCGGUCCAACACCUUCAUGCUAACGGAACCAAGUUAACUCCUGAAGUUAAUAACAACCACACAAGACGGUUACUGACAGUUCUUAACUUUGUCGAUAAAGCUCAAACCAAACUGACAACUCAGCAGAAUAUUCGUAAUUGAACAAACUUUGCGUUCAAUCUUAAUUUUCCCUUGAAUUUAGCUUCACAUCAUUUCAGUGAUAUUUUGCGUUUCAAUUUUUUUCACGUUAAUUUUGCGUGGUGGGGCUGGCUCCUUUUGUUUUUCUUUUAAAUGUGCAUAGGCAAUUCGCACUCGGCUAACCAAAAUUAAUGCAUAUGCACAUGCCCUACGUUUGACCGCUGUGUUCAGUUGAGCUGACGGGAAUCUCCUUUCGAUUUCUUUUCAACCUUCAUUGUGCGGUAAACAGAUCAAAACGGGAAACAGAUCACACUUAGUCAAGGAUACAGCAGGUGAUCAUAAAGGGGGAAUUGCUGACCAAGUUGUUGUUGUUUAUCGGUGGCGGUGGUGGCAAAAUAAGAGAUUAGAUUUAGGAAACGGUAAUGAAGGCAGGAGUAAUAUUUCAUUGUGGUAAUACGGAAGAAGGAAGAUUGUAAAUGAGCUGUUGUUGGUUACACUGACUGACGUUUCGAACAAUGUCACUUGAAGAUAUGUUUAUUGUCGACUGUUAUGAGUUGCGCUCGUGGGAGCUGACUGCGUAUUUGAUUGGUCAAUUUUCGGUUAGUGUUGCAGGCUGUAAGACUCAAUUAGUUUUAGUCAGUUUUGUUGAUCAGUUUCCAUUUUACGGAUAUUCAGGUUAUGCGAUCCAGUUUGUUAUGUUAACGUCACGAUAAGGUCGUUUUGAUAAUGAUGGCGGUGACGAUGGUGAUAAGUUUGAUGCUAGCAAAGAUUAAAAUGAAGGUAAUGACUAUUGAAGUUGAUGGUGAAAAUGAUGCUGAUGAUGGGAGCUGUAGUAGUAAUAUUUCACUUUGUAGUUAUGGUGGCGAGGAAGAGCAGGCUUUGUUACUCUAUUGCUAAGUUAGUUUGUUGUAGAUGAUAGGAGAAAGAAGUGAGAUGCAGAAGUUUUUUUUAAAAAUAAUUUUCAUUUAUGAAGUUAAGCUCAAACAGUUAAUGGGAAUGUAGAUAUGAAUUCCCUCUUUCGAUCUCUUAGUUCACCGCUAUACACUCAAGGUCAAUCAUCCUACGGCGCAAGUGUAUCAAAAUCAGUUUUUAAUGUGUCUUCGACCGAGUCAACGUCCGAGGCGAUAUUUCCCCCACGCUCGUCAUAUCAACGAUUUUCAGAGAAAACAACAGCCACUGUGUUCCCCUCGUCUGCGUACAGUUUGUCCUCUAAUGAACAGUAUUCAAUACCUACAUCAAGUAGGAAGCCGCCGAGUUUGAAGCCUCCGAGGACAUCUUCUACAUCAAGUGUCUCAUCUUCCAGGUUAUUAGCAUUACCGUCAGCUUUGGAGAGGAAGGGUGGGGUUGGGGAUAGAGGGCAAAGGGAUGGAGGAUAGGGGGAGAGGAGGAAAGAACCACCAACAUUCAUCGGGGAGGAAAAGGAUUGUUUAUGAAAUAAAGGGGAAAUCGAGGCCUUAGAUCGAUGAAGAAACGUCUCUAAGAUGCCAAAAAUUGUAGUUUAACUAUUUAGACUGUUCGUGCGAUUGAUCGCAUGGUCGGAAAACGCACUUUUUGACUAUUUCAGAAAAGUUGCGCAGUGAGGAACCUCCUCGUUACUCCUCUUGGCUUGAAGUCAAUCUGCUUUAUGUACAUCUCGCAAAUCACUUGUUUCAUCCCUCCUUAGAUAAAUCCAGCCGGAAAGUAUGAAGCACACUCUUAAAGGUUUUUGUUAGGUAUAAACAAAUGAAAUGACGUGAAAAACAUCGAAAAGCAUGGAGCGAAUUAAAAAAGAUUCAAAGCGCAGACCAUAUCGUUAAAUGGUACUUUCACUGACUAAGUUUUAGUUGUCGUUCUAAUUUCAAUACCUUUUAACUCAACAGUAAAUCUAUAUCAACUUCAACAAGCACCUCAAUAAGUUCAAGCUCAAGCUCAACCAGUAGAAGUUCAAGCAGGUCGACUAGUGUUUCCACAAGUGUAUCAACUUCAUUGAGUACAAGUACUUCCACAUCAACCUCAACAAGUGUCAGUACUUCGUCAUCACCAUCCAGCAGUGUGUCAACCUCAACCUCAACAAGCGUAUCUACAUCAGUUAGCACCAGCACGUCUAUUACAACGUCAUCAUCAACAAGCAUUAGUACACCAACAACGUCAGUUUCCACCACGUCAUUAAGUGCCAGCACAAGUACUUCAGCAUCAGUGUCCACUAGUGAGUCUACCUCCACUUCAAAAAGUCUAAGUACUUCAACUUCAAUGUCCACUAGUGUGUCUACUUCAACAUCAACUAGUGUAAGUACACCAUCAACUUCAGUUUCCACUACAUUGUCAAGUGCCAGCACAAGUACUUCAACAUCAGUAUCCACCACUGUGUUCACUUCAACCUCAACAAGUAUAAGCACACCAACAACGUCAGUGUCUACGACAUAUUCAAGUGGCAGCCCAAGUACUUCAACAUCAGUGUCUACUAGUGCAUCUACCUCGACGUCAACAAGUAAGUCGACAUCAAUCUCAACCUCUGCUUCAACAUCAACUAGUGUUUCGACUUCUGUCAGCACAAGCAUUUCAACAUCAACAUCGGCAAGUAUUAGUACACCAACAACAACAGUUUUCUCGACAUACUCAACUGCCAGCACAAGUACUUCAACCUCAGUGUCCACCAGUGUAUCAACAUCAACGUCGACUAGUGUGAGUACACCAUUCACGUCAGUUUCCACUACAUUAUCAAGUGCCAGCACAAGUACCUCAACAUCACUGUCGACUAGUGUGUCUACAUCCACCACAACUAGUGUGAGUACACCAACAACAUCUGUUUCUACUACAUUGUCAAGUACCAGCACAAGUACUUCAACAUCAGUGUCUAGUAGUGUGUCUACAUCCACUUCCACAAGUGUGAGUACACCAACAACGUCAGUUUCCACUUCAUUGUCAAGUGCCAGCACAAGUACUUCAACAUCAGUGUCUACUAGUGUGUCUACCUCGACGUCAACAAGUAAGUCGACAUCAAUCUCAACCUCUGCCUCAACAUCAACUAGUGUUUCGACUUCUGUUAGCACAAGCAUUUCAACAUCAACAUCGGCAAGUAUUAGUACCCCAACUACAACAGUUUUCUCGACAUACUCAACUGCCAGCACAAGUACUUCAACCUCAGUGUCCACCAGUGUAUCAACAUCAACGUCGACUAGUGUGAGUACACCAUUCACGUCAGUUUCCACUACAUUAUCAAGUGCCAGCACAAGUACCUCAACACCACUGUCGACUAGUGUGUCUACAUCCACCACAACUAGUGUGAGUACACCAACAACAUCUGUUUCCACUACAUUGUCAAGUGCCAGCACAAGUACUUCAACAUCAGUCUCUAGUAGUGUGUCUACAUCCACUUCCACAAGUGUGAGUACACCAACAACGUCAGUUUCCACUUCAUUGUCAAGUGCCAGCACAGGUACUUCAACAUCAGUGUCUACUAGUGUGUCUACCUCGACGUCAACAAGUAAGUCGACAUCAAUCGCAACCUCUGCCUCAACAACAACUAGUGUUUCGACUUUUGUUAGCACAAGCACUUCAACUUCAAUAUCGGCAAGUGUAAGUACACCAACUACAACAGUU